AUGGCCUUCUCCACAAAGCUAGUAUGCUUUGGGUUUGACCUUCAUUCAAUGUUUGUCAUUGACCUCCUGCAUAAGGUCAAGCUAGGUGUAUGGAAAGCUACCUUCACUUAUCUGAUGCAAGCGCUUCAAGCAGCAGCAGAUAAUGCCAUUCAAAAAUUGAAUCAAUAG